CAGGCCAUGGACAGUCCCUCGGAUGAAGGUGACGAUGAUGAUGAUGAGCAGGCUCAGGAGCGCCCCCUGCAGGCCACGGAUGCACCUUCAGAGGCCGAUGAUGAUGAUGAAGGUGACGAUGAUGACGAUGGGCAAGGUCAGGAGCACUCCCUGCAGGCCACGGAUGUCCCCUCAGACGCGGAUGAUGAUGAAGAUGACGAUGAUGAUGAUGAGCAGGCUCAGGAGCGCCUCCUGCAGGCCACGGAUGCACCUUCAGAGGCCGAUGAUGAAGGUGACGAUGAUGAGCAGGGUCAGGAGUGCCCCCUGCAGAUCAUGGAUGUCCCCGUGGAGGCCGCCGAUGAUGAAGGUGACGAUGACGAUGAUGAGGAGUCAGUAGCAGAAGCUCAGGAGCGGCUCCUGCAGGCGCUGAUGGCCCGCGCUGACCGGGCGCUGCCCCGGCGGGCGCUGGAGCGGGACUGGUCCAUACUGGGAGAGCUGGGCAGCGGCUCCUACGGGCGGGUGCUGCUGGCACGGCCCCGGCACGGAGGCAUGUUCCAUGUCCCAGGUGUAUCUGUCCCUGACCCAGGUGUGCUGUGUUACCUGUACCAGGUGUGUUACCUGUACCAGGUGUUACCUGUGCCAGGUGUAUCUGUCCCUGACCCAGGUGUGCUGUGUUACCUGUACCAGGUGUUACCUGUGCCCGGUGUAUCUGUCCCUGACCCAGAUGUGUUCCCUGUUGACCCAGCAGUGUUACCUGUGCAGGUGUAUUCCCUCCUGACCCAGGUGUGCCAUUACUUGUGCAGGUGUGUUACCAGACCCAGCUGUGCUGUGUUACCUGUGCAGGUGUGUCUGUCCCUGUCUCAGCCAUGUUACCUGUCCCAGGUGUGUCUGUCCCUGUCUCAGCCAUGUUACCUGUCCCAGGUGUGUUACCGGACCCAGCUGUGCCAUUACCUGUGCGGGUGUGCUGUGUUACCUGUGCGUGUGUGUUACCUGACUCAGGUGUGUUACCUGUGCAGGUGCGCAGGUGGCUCUGAAGCUGCUCUCCAAGGCGCGCACGCCCAGGUGUGCAGGCGUCUGUCCCUAACCCAGGUGUUGUUACCUGUCCCAGGUGCGCAGGUGGCGCUGAAGCUGCUCUCCAAGGCGCGCACGCCCCGGUGUGUGGGUGUGUUACCUGUCCCAGGUGUGCAGGUGCUGUUACCUGUCCCUGACCCAGGUGCGCAGGUGGCGCUGAAGCUGCUCUCCAAGGCACGCACGCCCCGGUUCCGUUUCCUGCGCGAGUUCUGCACUCACCUGUGCCUGCGGGGGGCGCUCACCUGCGUCCAGGUGCUGCCGCUCGCCUUCGAGACACCCACGGAGUUCGGCUUCGCCCAGGAGCUCGCACCUGCGGGGGACCUGUGCGGGCUGCUCACACCUGGGGUGGGCCUGCCGGAGCCGCAGGUGAAGCGCUGCGCCGCCCAGGUGUGCUCGGCGCUGUGCUACCUGCACGGCCACGCCCUGGUGCACGCGGACCUCAAGCUGGACAACGUGCUGGCCUUCGACCCCGAGUGCCGCCUGGUCAAGCUCGCCGACUUCGGCCUGACGCGCGUGCAGGGCGCGCAGGUGCGCCCCGCCCCCGGCCACGCCCCCUACGCCGCCCCCGAGCUGCUGCCCCGCCCGGGGGAGCCGCACCUGCCGCACCUGGCGCCGCCCGUGGACACCUGGGCGCUGGGCGUGCUGCUCUUCGCGCUGCUCACCGGCGCCUUCCCCUGGACCGCGCCUGCGCGCUCCGACCCCGCCUUCCGCCGCUUCCGCGCCUGGAUCGGGAUCGGGAUCAGCACCGACAUUGGGAUCGGGAUCGGGAUUGGGAUCGGGAUUGGGACUGGAUCAGGAUCGGGAUUGGGAUCAGGGAUUAGGGAUUAG